AUGAAGCAGUCUAUUAUUACUUCCCUCGUUGCCCUUGCGGCUUCUGCCUCCAGCGCCCAGGCCACUGAGAGCCUGAUCAGCAUCCCCGUUGGCCUUUGCACUGCCGUCCUUGGAGAGGUUGAGUGCAAGCAGACCAGCACCAGCAAUGGCUUGAUCAAUGUUCCCGUGAACGCCUGCCUUGCUGUCCUCGGCCAGGCCAAGUGUGACCAGGCCUCUUCUUCCUCCAGUGACAGCGGUGCCCUGAUCAACGUUCCCAUCAACGUUUGCCUGGCUGUCCUCGGUGAGGCCCACUGCCAGCAGAGCUCUUCCUCUUCCGGUGGUUUGAUCAACAUCCCCAUCAACCUGUGUCUGGCUGUUCUGGGUGAGGCUGAUUGCCAGGAUUCUGGAUCCAGCCCUGCUGCUUCCACUACUCCUUGUGACACUGAGACUUCCGCCAUUGUCUCUUCCACUGUCAUCUCCAACUCCCCUCCUGCCGAGGCCACCACCACCCCCUGUGACACCGAGACCUCUGCCAUCGUCGAAUCCACCGUCAUCCCUGGUACUAUGCCCACUGGCACUGCCCCUGUCGGUACUAUGCCUACCAUGCCCGCUGGUACUAUGCCCGCUGGUACUGCCCCUGCCGGUACCAUGCCUACCAUGCCCGCUGGUACUAUGCCCACUGGCACUGCCCCUGCCGGCACUAUGCCUACUAUGCCCGCUGGUACUAUGCCCGCUGGUACCGCUCCUGCCGAUACUAUGUCUACCAUGCCCGCUGGUACCAUGCCCGCUGCUUCCAUGACCGGUCCCUCGGCCCCCGGCAUGUCCGGUGCCCCCGGUGUCUCCGCUGGCCAGUCCUCUGUCUCCAAGCCUGUUGUGACUUUCUCCACUACCACCAUCUGCCCUACCUCCGGUGCUUCCAUGACCUCCAUGCGCCUGAUCCCCACCGCUCCCGCUGGUGUCUCUGCCGGAUCUUCAUCUGGCUCUGGAUCUGGAUCUGGCUCCAGCCCCGCUGCCUCCAGCAUCGGCAUGGUCAAGCCGUCCUCCACACCCGUUUUCAACGCUGCUGGUCGCACCACCUUCUCCGCUGUUGCCGUAGUCUUCGGCGCUAUCUUCGCUGCCGCUAUGCAGUUCUAA